AAUACGAAACCCCAUCGAAUGAUUCAUUCCGAGAUCUCGACGUCAAUGUUCCUUCACGUUAUCACAUUAUUACGAUGUGGGAAUAUAAUUUUGAGACGCGAAAUCAUGACGCAAAAUAUUGUUUGGUGAUCCGUGCAGUUGCAUAAUUUUCAUAGUCAGUGUGUACGCGUAUAUAUCAUUUAGGAUGACAACGGCGAUCGCGUGAUGACGGAGCGUGAAGGAUCUCUUUUCUUCGGAAAGAUACGCAUUCUUUCGCGGGACGUCGAGUGUACCGCUCUUCCACCUUCUCAUUCCCUUUUUUACAGGAGGAAGCAAGAGAUAAUAGGUCGACCAGCAGCCCCUCCGAGCAACAACGGUUGUUCCUCAUUGGCUCGCAUCGCCGUUCGCGCCAUUCGAGCUUUGGAACGCGCAGCGAAGCACAUUUUCUUACGGACAGACGUUUAUUCAGCUUUAGCACGUACUAAACAGACGCUGGACGCCUCAUACGGGACGUACACACACGUAACUUGCACUAUGGAAGUGAAGUCACACGACAAAGAUACCAAGCAAUGUGCUGAAGCAAUGUCUCGCUUAUCAGUGAAGACGAAAUGCACGAGAUCACAUAGCAAAGGUGAGAGCAGAGGUCAAAGACUCACUGGUCUCACUCACGAAUGUGGCGUUUUCGGAUGUAUCGCUGCGGGGGAUUGGCCAUCGCAAAUCGAUGUGGGCCAAAUUAUUUGUUUAGGGCUUGUGGCCUUGCAACAUCGAGGGCAGGAAAGUGGCGGCAUCGUAACAAGCGAAGGAGUCUGUUCGAAGUCAUUCCACGUUCACAAGGGUAUGGGAAUGAUCAAUAAUAUCUUCAAUGAUGAAAAUAUGAAAAAGCUCAAAGGGAAUCUCGGAAUUGGUCAUACCAGAUACAGUACGAGCGCAGCCAGCGAAGAAGUCAAUUGCCAGCCAUUUGUGGUUCAUACUGCGCAUGGUGCAUUGGCAGUGGCUCACAAUGGAGAGUUAGUAAACACAGAAUCACUCAGAAAAAUGGUAUUGGGCCGAGGGGUCGGUUUGUCGACGCACUCGGAUUCCGAAUUAAUAACACAAGCGCUCUGCUUGAAUCCACCGGAAGGUGAAGUCAAUGGACCGGAUUGGCCCGCGCGUAUCAAGCAUCUCAUGCAAUUAGCACCGUUAUCAUAUUCCCUAGUUAUAAUGCAAAGGGACAAGAUUUAUGGCGUACGAGAUCCUUAUGGGAAUCGACCUCUGUGCUUGGGGAAAAUUGUACCUAUUGGCAAUUUGGCGAGCAACGAAUCCGACGACGACGAUGAAGCUGAAGGCUGGGUUAUUUCGUCGGAAUCUUGCGGAUUCUUGAGCAUCGGUGCGAGAUACGUUCGCGAGGUGUUUCCGGGUGAGAUAGUGGAAUUGACGCGAGAGGGCAUCAAGACUAUCGACAUAGUAGAAAGGCCGAAUAAAAGACCACAGGCGUUUUGUAUAUUCGAAUAUGUUUACUUCGCAAGAAGCGAUAGUAUCUUCGAAGGGCAAAUGGUAUAUUCCGUACGUAUGCAAUGCGGACGAGUAUUGGCAAUGGAAUCACCGGUAGAAGCAGACAUAGUAAGCUCUGUUCCCGAAUCAGGAACAGCGGCGGCUCAUGGCUAUGCCAGACAGUCAAAGAUCAACUUUGCAGAAGUGCUCUGCAAAAACAGAUAUGUCGGACGAACGUUCAUCCAGCCAAGCACGCGACUGCGUCAACUUGGUGUGGCCAAAAAGUUCGGAGCUUUGUCGGAGAAUGUAAAAGGAAAAAGGAUUAUCCUGGUAGACGAUUCUAUUGUCAGGGGAAACACGAUCGGUCCAAUCAUCAAAUUAUUGCGCGAUGCAGGUGCCAAAGAGGUUCACGUUAGGAUAGCAUCUCCACCGCUCAAAUAUCCAUGUUACAUGGGUAUCAACAUUCCGACGAGAGAAGAACUAAUUGCGAACAAGCUUGAUAACGUAAAAUUGGCCAAACAUGUGGGCGCGAAUAGUCUAACGUACCUUUCCGUGGAGGGGCUCGUUGAAGCAGUCAGAUAUCGCAUGGACAAUCGCGAAAGUAAUUAUAUUGGUCAUUGUACCGCUUGUUUGACAGGAGAGUAUCCCGACGAGUUUCCUGGUGAUCUUGACUGGUGAAAGUGCAAGACGUUCGACUUUAUUUCUAGGAAUAAACAAAAUAUAGCUUGGACAUAGAUAAUUAGACCAGAAUCAUGUUAAUGUUUUUUCAUAUGAAAUCUCACAAAGUGGUUACAAUGUACGUGCAUGUAAAAAAAUAAGCAUAGAUAUACUUAAAUAAGUUAACAUAUUGUUUUGUAUAAACGGACUGUACUUGGUUCAAUGCAGUAUUUUAUAACUACAUAUUAUUUUGUACGCGCAUACACGGGAAAAUAUGAACUUUUAAUCAUGUGAUUGUAUAUGAUGCAAGUAAAAAAAAACAAUAGAUUGUUCCUCAAACAUAAAUAUUUACUAAUAACAACUAAAGAUACAAAUAUUCAGUGAAAACUGGAAAUAUUUGAUUUAUUUGAAGUCUUUUCUAUCAGCUUUGUCACUUCAGCUUGUUUAAUAUAUAAUUAAUUUCUAAAUUAAUAUAUAUAUACAUAGACAUAUAUUAAUAUAUAUAUACAUAGACAUAGUUAGAGGCUCAGCAGUUUUGCAGACAAAACAAAUAUUCAUAGUACAAAUAUAUGAAAUAUCUUAAGUUGUAUCUAGAUUAAUGAUAGAAUAAAAAUGAAAUAUAUACAAAAGAAUGUAUAGCUUCAACGAUGGUUACUAAUAAAAUAUUUUAUACUUUUAA